AUGAGCUUGACCGCUCUUCUAGAGAUCAGCUCGACAAUCGUUGGAAUCGCUUCCGGUUAUAGCUCGGAAGCCCGACAAGCAACAAAGCUUCGAUAUUCCACACCGCAGCAGCCCAUUUCAGCGAAACCAUGGGUUCGACAGAAUCCCUAUGACUUUACGGGAUGCCUAGCGCACAUUGAUCUCAGCGAAUACGAAGAAACCGGCCAGAUCUUGCGCGUCACGGGUUGCCUUGACCAUAACUCAGAUUGUCGCGCCUCGGGAAUCAGGCGAAUACCUGCGAUUCCACUCCAUCCUCACGUCUUUGAGAUGGCGGUCGAGCAGCUAGCGUCCGGUGCAAGCAUCGCUUCUAUACAAGCGAAGAAUGUUGAGAUGCUAUCCAACAGAGCUUACCGAGACAUGUCGACUUAUGAUCCUCGCACAGCAAACGUUCGAUGUCAUUUCCUUACUUCCGAUUCGCGCCAGCUCUACCGCUUGUUUAACCGUCGCAAUGGGGUUGAUGUCUCUGUCAAACCAGAGUACAACAUCGAGCAAUGGCUUGAUCCUCGUUCUUCUCAGUUCCGUCCGGAGCUAUAUAACGCCAUUUUCUACUAUUCUGCACGAGCUGAAAAGCACGAUCGUCUCAAAAUCUGUAUUGCGACAGCAGAGAUGGUGGAAGCGGCUUGGAAGUAUUCACAUCACGGGCAGCUGAUCGUGGACAGAACCUUCGGAGUUUGUUCGUCUCGGCUGCUCCUGUUCAUCGGGAUGGGAGUCGAUGAGCAGAACAAGGGUGUUCCACUUGUAUUUCUUCUGUUUUCGGCACCAACUGGGACUAGGGCAACACACGCCGGUUAUAACACCGAGAUCUUACGGGAGCUUCUGAUGGAGUGGAAGAAUCAUCUCUCUCAAGCUCGUCCGGGAGCUGAACCGUUUACUCCAUUUGUUGCGAUCACAGACACUGAUCUCUGUGAGCGCGCGGCUCUUUUACAGGUCUGGACAGAAAUCUGGCUCUUGUUGUGCAAAUUUCAUCUACGACAAUGCUGGGCCAACAAACAGAGGACACUUAAACUCUCGGCAUUGGGGAGCUCAGUCUCCGAGGAGUUCUGGGAUGGAUACAUCAGUCAGCAGCUGUUGUCGUUGGAGGAAGGACUUAUCGCUACCACUGAUCAUGCUGUUGCUGCAUCAUUGAUCACUUCCCAUCGUUCAAAUCUGGAAGCCUUGCGUGUUCAGGCACCGGAGGCCGAGCGAACUGCGAUAUCCGCCUGCGCUUUUUUGGACUAUCUUGUCAGUAUGUGGAUGCCAAACUCGAUGUGGCAGAGUUGGUCUCAAUAUGGACGGGUGAUCGCUUCGAGAUUGUUGAACGUCCCCAUGGAUGGGGUGCUUCCCACAACCAACCAUCUGGAGGCCUUCAAUGGUCUUCUGAAACGGACACCUCAGUUACCACCGCCAUCACGCGGUUCUCCCCCCGCGGGGUACCUACUGGGUACCCUCAGACGUCUUGCUGAGGGUACCCAGUAG